UUCACCACCGGCCCCGUGCGCGGGUCAGUCCAACGCCACCCGGAUCCGAUCUCAUCGGAUAGCUGCGUGCGUGCGUGCGUGCGCUCGCUGGACGGAGAACCCAGACGCGCUCGCUCCACCGGCCGCCAGCCGGCCACGCAGUCCCAUUACCCAGCUCCGCCCGCCGGUGAAAACGUCUCGGGAUAAAUCACACGCACUCAGACCAGCAGCAGUUCGGCGCCCCACCAAACAUUCGUUCUCUCCUCUCCCCGUCGCGUGGCUCCGGCCACCGCGCCGCGCGUGCCGCGAGGCCAUCCAUCAUCCCUCCAGCCAGUGGCGAUGGACACGGCGGCCGCGGCGAGGCACCAGCACCCGGCGCUGGGCGGGCGGCGGCGUAGGGGGUGCCGCGGGGGCGUGGCGUCCGUGCGGUGCUCCGGCUCGCCGGCGCAGGAGUUCGCGGCGCUGGCGUCGAUGUUCCGGCGGCGGCUGGUGGUGGGGGCGUCCACGGCGGCCGCGGCGGCCGUGGGGGCCAACUUCGGGGGCGUCACCAGCUUCCUCCUCGGCCUCUCCCCGGAGCUCGGCCGCUCGCUCCGGCUCGACGUGCUCUACCCCGUCGGCGGCUUCACCCGCUGCCUCGACUCCGACAACGGAUUGGAAUUCAUCUAUCCAGCAAAUUGGGUUGGAGACCAGACAAUACUAUACAACCAAAUUAAGAAAGCAGAGCUGCAGAGAUCACUAGACCCUCCGCCGUUGACAAAUGGGGGUUCUUCAUCUCGACCUCGGAACGUCAGUGGACCGGUGGCGGCUUUUGGACCCCCGGGAUCCAACGGGGAGCUCAAUGUCAGCGUCAUUGUAUCAACCGUCCCUCAAGAUUUCUCGAUCGAGUCUUUCGGCGGCCCUAAAGAUGUCGGGCAAGUGGUGCUGAGGAGGAUCGCAAGGACAAAGCGAAACCCGGACAUCAGCGCCACUCUGAUCGGUGCCGCGUUGAGAGAGGACACCGUGAACAAUGUGAAAUACUACAAGCUGGAAUUCCGAGUCGAAAGCCCAUCAUUUCGGCGGCACAAUGUGGCGGUGUGCUGCGCGAGAGACGGCAAACUGUACACCUUGAAUGCCCAGGCACCCGAGUCGGCAUGGAGGUCGGUUAAGGAAGAGUUCUUUGCCAUGGCGGAUUCCUUCAGCCUAGUGAUCGAUGUUUGAUCUUGUAGAUAAACAGUUUUGUACCCGUGUCGGUCAUGGUCUCGUUUAGCCGAGGAGUAAAUGUAACAUAAAUAAAUGUUUUUUGUAUCAUGAUGUUCUUGGUGACAUCCAUGUCUGAAGAACUUCCCUAGCAAGGUCUGGGCGUAAGGUUUUGUCAAGUAGAGGAGAAAUGCAACAAAAAUGAUCUGUACCAUAAUCUUCUUGUUACACAUAUGUAUGCACUUUUCUUUUGGACAGAGAAUGUAUUCAUAUUUGA